AUGAAAAAGUCAUUGAUAGAGAGUGACCAAUUACUUUAUAAUAAUGAUGGAAGAAAUGAAGACGACAAUAACAACAACUCUGUCACUCAUCAAGACGGUAUCAAUACACCACCGUCAUCAUCAUCAUCUUCCUCUAAAUAUUACAAGGAUAGAAAAUAUAAAAUGAUUGCAGACGAAAAUCCAAUGAGAGGUGGAGGCAAACCUCCAACGUCUUAUGAAAAGGAAGAUUAUCAAUUUUCCAAAAAUAAUUCCAAUUCCACCAUGACUGCAUCAUCAUAUACAACAAAUACUGGAAUGUCAUCUUCAUUAUCAAAUGAAAAGAUGAGUUUUGGAACUAGAUGUACAAAUAGAAUAUAUACAUUUGGACAAUUGUCCAAAAGAAAGAAAUCAUUGGAACAACUUCAACGAGAGAUGGCAGAUAGUGUCAUGAAGGAAGAGUCUAUGAUAUCGUCGACGAGUGAGUCGGGUAGUUCAUCCAAUGUAGACGAAGAAGAUGAAGAAGGUCAAGUGUCAUCGGAACCUCGUAUUCAAGGUCAAGACAGUAAAAAGUUUAAAAAAUGUUUAUCAGUGUUUGAUUUACUGGCAUUUGGUAUUGGUGCUAUUAUAGGUAGUGGUAUCUUUGUAUUGACAGGUGUAGCUGCAAAAGAGAAAGCUGGUCCAGCUGUCAUUCUAAGUUAUGCAGUCUCUGGAAUAGCUUGUGCUCUCUCUGGACUAUGUUAUGCUGAAUUUGCUACACGUGUCCCAUGUUCAGGUUCAACUUAUUCCUAUUCUUAUAUUGUAGUUGGUGAAUUAGUUGCUUGGAUUAUUGGUUGGGAUUUAACUUUAGAGUAUAUGAUUGCAAGUGCAACCGUAGCAAGAGGAUGGAGUGGAUAUUUAAAUUCAAUUAUUGUGGCAGGUGGAGGAUACCUACCACACCCAUUUGCACCAUUUGACAUUGGAAAUGGAUUUUCAGUUGAUAUCAUUGCCUUUUUUUCAGUUAUCUUGUUGACUGUGAUUGUUGCAUUUGGUAUGAAGGAAUCGGCUCGUUUCAACAAGAUCUUUGUAGUCAUUAAAAUAGCCAUUGUAUUAUUUGUGAUUGUUGCCGGCUCGGUCUAUGCCGACACUAAAAAUUGGGAGCCAUUUGCUCCAUACGGUGCCAACGGUGUCUUUAACGCCGCUGCCAUCACUUUCUUUGCCUAUCUUGGGUUUGACGGUGUGUGUAAUGUGGCCGAAGAGGUCAAGAACCCACAACGCGAUCUUCCCAUUGGUAUUUUGGGCUCACUCGGCAUUUCAACGAUACUGUACAUGCUUGUGGCCGUCGUCUUGACGUUGAUGGUACCCUACUCUGAGAUGGAUAUCAGUGCACCGCUGUCGCAGGCGUUUAGCAGUAAAGGUUUGCAAUGGGCAUCGAUUAUAGUGAGUAUUGGUGCGUUUGCGGGACUCACUACCGCUCAAUUAUCAGGUCUGUUGUCACAACCUCGUCUCUACUACUCGCUGAGUCGCGAUGGAUUGUUGCCCAAAUGGAUGUCACAUAUUCACCCACGUUUCAAGACACCAUUCUACUCUACCAUCUUUACAGGUGUCUGUGCAGCCAUUAUUGCCCUGUUUGUAGAUAUUAAUAUCCUAGCUGAUAUGGUGUCUAUUGGCACACUACUCUCCUUCACACUAGUAUCGACGUGUGUACUUAUCAUGCGGUAUCCAUCAAUCGACCACAAGAGUCAGUCCAAUGCAAAAUGGAUCGUCCGUGAUUUCCCAGUUGCUCUCCAACGUCCUAUGUAUCUAUGCAUGUAUAUUGCUGUAUUUGGACUAAUCGCCGGGGCAGGUGUACAAUACUCGCUCCACUAUAGUGUCAUUAUCGUAUUUGGUGUGUUGAUGCUACUUUCAAGUGCCGUCCUCUUUUUCCUCGUACCUUCCAAUAUUCCAACAGGGUUCAAGUGUCCGUGGGUACCUUUGCUUCCCAUCCUCUCGAUUUGGGCCAACAUGUAUCUCAUGAUCUCGCUCAGUUGGGGUACUUGGAUGCGUCUAGUUGUCUGGCUGUUUAUCGGUCUACUCAUCUAUGUCUUUUACGGACAAAAGCGUAGUCAUCUUGGAAAGGAGCAAGAACUCAACACCCUUGCCAACCGUAGCUCAGACAACCAUGGUGACCUCUCUGCAUCACUCCACCUCAAGGAAAAAGAAAUGAUGUCUGUUGGAACACCAACCACCAACAACAACAAACAAAUCGAUCAAUAUGUAAACGAAAUACAAGAUCGUUCGAAUUCAACCAAACCACAACCAGAAGACGAUGAACCAACCCAACAAGAAGAACCUAAUAUUAAUAAAUUGGAUGAUGAAAAUGACCAAUAA